AUGCGGCGCUCCCUAGGUGGCCCCGGCGGCCGUCGAGCUUCCAACGGCCGGGUGAUUUUUCCGGAACAUCAGUCCAGUCGCAACAACAUUCGGCGGGGCUCCACCAACCGCCACAUGCCCGUGGAUCUCGGCAACACCGCUAGUCUUUCGCCACCGCCGGCUGCCCACAGCGACCGGCGCAGCAGCCACAGAAGCGGGGCCGCACGAAGGCCAUUCUUUCAGGCGAAGUCGAUCAUGGAGUACGUCCAGGCUGGGGAUGCUGUCGGCCUCGAACAAUUCUUGUUAGAUGCGUCGCCUUCCGAACGCGAGUUCGCGUAUGCAGCAGAGGCGGGUGUCGAUGGCGGCCGCACGCCGAUCUUGGUCGCUCUAAAGAGCGGUAGCCUGGAGCUUAUUCAAUCCAUUUUGAAGUGGUUACCCGAGGGUCAGGCCGGAAAGUUGCUCACGGCGAAGGACGACGACGAAGGCCGGACGGUCCUCAUGCUUGCCGCUUGCUCCGGCGACCCGGCUGUGUUCACAACAGUAGCCUCAAAGCUACCACGCUCGAGCAUGCUUGAGCACCUGUCGGAGACGUGCGUGAGGGGAAACUUGAUUUUCGCAUACGCCGCCAAGACCGGCCAAGCUGCCAUGAUUGAGGCCGUCAUUGCUCAAUUGCCGCUUGAUGAGUGGGCGGCGGCUGAAGCACUAUGCGCGAAGAACUUUUUGGGCGAGACGCCGCUGAUGCAGGCGGCGGGAGCGCCGGAGCCAGGAGCAUUUCAGGCAAUCGCUAAAUUGCUCACGGCGAACAACCUGGAAGAACAGCUGAGCCUUGAAACGGAACAGGGCCAGACUGCGCUGACUAUCGCCACGAGAGCCGGUAACGUCUCCACCUGGAAUGCGGUGGCGAGCAAAAUGGCGGCGGCGACAGUUUUGACCCUGCUCGGAACGCGCAACAACCUAGGCCAGACACCGGCUCAGGUUGCCGUCGCUUGCGGGGCCGACGCUGUCCUCACCGCCAUGCUUCGGCCGGCGUGGAUCUCGGCCUGCCUUCUCAACGCUCCCGACGAGUCGGAAGCCCAGCUGACCGCCCUCGACCUCGCCGCGCGGCCGCCGGCCAAGCUCGGCGUGAUCAAGUGCCUCCUCUCCUGCGGGGCGAUACCGACGGCCCGGGUCGUGCAGAGGCUGCUCCGUACCUGCAGCGAGGAUGGCGGGGCGAUGGCGGGCUCCCACUUCAAGAACAACCUGCUUCAGAUGAAAAACGACAUCAACGCCCUGGUGCUCUCCGUCUUGAGACACCUUCCGGACACCGUGGAAGGCUUCGACCGCUUUUCCGCCCCCGCGGCGGGAAACGCCGCCGGCACCGGCGCCGCGAAACCAAAGCUGGGGCAGAAGACCAACCCUGCGCUGACCCCGGCAAAGCUGCUCGUUUCCAAGAUGCCCACCUUUGAGGAGGGUCACGACGGCGCCGUCGAUGAGGGCAACGCAACGGCGGCGGCAAAGCUCAAUCUCACCUCGACAAUCGCGCGGGGUGUUACGGCCGCCAGCAGUGGUAGGUUGGGGGCCGCUGCCGCUGACCUCGAUGAUGCUCCUGCAUCGGAGGUGGGCACGACCCUCGUGCAGGAAAUGUUGGAGCCGGAGCUGGCGGGGCUUCAGCCCAGAGAUUGCGCGGGUCCACUAGCGCAGGCAAUGCAAUCCCGGCACGUGGAUUUCAUCUACACGCCGCUCGUGGUUGACUAUCUCCGGCUCAAGUUUAGUGCUGGUCUACCCAACCCCUUCCGCGAAACGGAUUGGCGCCGUGAGCAUGGCCGGGUGGACCGGAACCUGGCAAGGUUCAUGGUGAAUGAGGAUGAAUCCCAGCUGAUGGUCUACAUUCUUCAGGGAGGGUGUCCUGACUCGCCAAGCUGGACCUAUCUUCCAGGCCUGCAGUUCAUCCUCGCCGGUGUCGCUGGCAAGACCGCCGCCUUCUUCGGUGUUCCGGCCAUGCGCCUGGCCUUGGAUGUCCUCGUGUACACUGGCGUCGUCUCUGUGUUCGUGCUGAAGGUGGUGGUGCUGAGGGAUGUCGGCAGGAUUACAGCCUGGGAUGUGCUGUGGUUGGUGUACCUGGUCGGGGCCAUAUGGAAGCAGGUGCACGAAGUGCAGGAGGCCGGGUCCCUCCGCGUUCACCUCUUCAACCCCUGGAACGUCGUUGAGGCUACCAAAUUGGCUUCCCUCUCGACCGCCUUCUUCUUCCGCAUGCACGCCUGGGUCUGCGACGGCCACGGCGAGUACUUCUGCGGCCAGCUGUCUACCGGCUCGGGGUCGGUGAACGAGCUGAACGAAGUGUAUCUGGCACAAUACUUUCAGGCCGCGUCAGCUCCUUUCGUACUCGGGAAGGUCCUCUUCCUCACGCAGGUUCACUCUUCCCUGGGACCGUUGAUGCACUCGGCCUUCAACGUGAUAGGAGACCUGACAAGGUUCGGGGCGCUGAUGCUGGUCAUCACCCUAGGGUUCGCGCUAGCGUUCUACGCCAUGUUCGGUUCCAUGUCAGCCUCGCUACCGGACGGCGGCGACAUCGCCGAGUACGACACCUACUACUCUUCGAUACUGACGCUGUUCUCCAGCAUGUUGGGAAAUUUCAGUUUCGAGGUCUUCAAGGGUGCUCCGAUGGCAGAAGCGGGUGAAGUUUUGAUGGUGUUCUUCCUGUGCGUGAUGAACAUCACGCUCCUAAACUUGCUCAUUGCCAUCCUGGCCACGGCGCACGCGAGGUUGGAAGGGAACGCAGACAAGGAGGCCGUGCUUUCCGAAGCCGUCAUCAUCACGCAGUACAGGCGAGCGAUGCGCCUCGAUUCUCUGCCUUCGCCGCUCAACGUUCCCCAGGAACUGAUCUCGUGCGUCCUCUGGAGACACAAGGAGAGGGCGAAAGAAGUCUUCGCCCGAGCCGUGUUCUGGCUCGUGUCCGGGCCGAUAGCGAUAGCCGCUACGGCAGUCCUCUGGGCCGUGUCGUUGCCGCUGACGCUGGCCUGGGCCGGCCGCGUCCUUCGAUCGAACGGUUCCCUGAUGCUGGUUCCGGCCCUGCUCGGGGUCUCGUUCAACGUGGGAGUGGCGCCCGUCGCCACGACCUGGCUCUGGCUGCGAGGCGUGGCGGGUAUCUGGAAGCAAGGACAUGGGACCAUGGAGACGAGCGAUCGCAACGAGAUCGAGGCGUCGAGGGCGCACCGAAGGGGGAGCUACGUCGGUCCUCCGGCCUCGCCACUUGCAGGGGUAGCCUCAGCGGCCCUCGCCGCCAAGGCAGCGAGCGCCACGGGGGGCAACGAAGGGCGCCAGCGCAAACCAUCCUCGCAUGGCACGCCAGCCUUCAAGCUGUGGCAGCGAGCCGCUGACAUCGGCGCCGGGGGCGCCGGCGCAGUCCAGCACCUGGGGUUUAAUGUGGUCGCAGCGAUCCGCGCGCUGCAUGGCAUGAGCAUGCAGCAGCUCAAGGAACAAGUGGAUGACCAGAGGAGGAGGGCCGAAGAGCAACAUCAAUCGGAAAGACAUUUCGUUGAAGCCCUUACGGGACUGAAAAAAGGACACGAUCGAUUGGAGGACAUGAUCCGGACAGCGGACAACAACAGAGCAAGGGUAGAAGCGAAGCUGGAUCAAGUUCUCGAGGCCCUCAGCAAUAGCACCGGCGCCGGCAACACGGAGAGCAAAGGUCACGGCAGUGUUUCCGACGCCACUGCACCACGCGCAAAGUUGGAACAAGGGGCUGCGGCGCCGCCCGUUGUUGCCGGUCGGGAAAGUGAUAGGAGGGAGACAUCAUCGCCUGGUGUUGUUGUUGCUGGCCGGGGGAGGGAGAUAGAUGACGGGGGACAAGGUCGGGCUACAGGAGGCGACAGUGGUGGUGACGAUCGGCCAAGAAGGGAUAGUUCGGGGGGCGAUCUAGACGAGUUUAUAGAUCACUAUCAUGCAGAGGCGAAUAUAGAUCGCUGACUUGGUGCAUUGUGUUUUGGCUCCCUUUACUGUAGUUCAGACCCUAGGUGUGAAUAGAGAUGUGCGCUGUGGACUAAAAAGCGAUUUGCCGUCUGGCAGAUAGGCCUGACGAAGAAGUU